UUUAAUUAAAAAUAUGACAAAGGGUUGUGUUGGGGGGGUUUACGUGUUGUUUACAACUCGGGACGUGUCCACAGUUUACCUUUAACUCUUAUUUAAGAAUCGGACAGUGGCUGUUGAUGUUAAACGCCUUGUUGAACUAUGACCUCCCCAGAAAUUGCCACCCUGUCCUGGGGCCUGAUGAAGGUGAAGGGAUGCUCCUCCAGCUACAAGGACUGUAAGGUCUGGCCUGGAGGCAGCCGGGCCUGGGACUGGAGGGAGACCGGGACUGAUCAUUACCCAGGAGUGCAACCUGCUGACCUGGAGGAGGUGAUGAAGAAGGGAAUAGAACUGCUGGUCAUUGGGAGAGGAAUGAGCGAAGCUCUACAGGUUCCUUCUUCGACUCUGAAUUUCGUGAAGCAGCAAGGCAUUGAAGUCCGAGUCCUCCCGACUCAGAAGGCCGUCGCUGAAUACAACAAGCUGGCUGUUCAAGGAGCCAAAGUGGGCGGCGUUUUCCACUCAACCUGCUGAUCCCGCCUUCCUGGAUGCGAUUAAACAUGUUUAACGGUUCA